AUGGCCGGCAACAAGUUUUCGUCGUAUCACCUCGCCGCCGCACUCCGCCGGGAGCAUGACCCCGCCGCCGCACUCCGACUCUUCCUCAGUCCGCCAAACGCCGCCUCCGCCCCGUUCCGCUACUCCCUUCUCUGCUACGACCUCAUCAUCUCCAAGCUCGCCGCCGCGCGCCUCUUUCCGGCCAUGGAGUCCCUCCUCUCCAGCCUCCGCGCCUCCUCUCUCCAGCCGCGCGAACCCCUACUCUGCUGCGUCAUAUCAGCUUACGGCCGCGCUCGCCUCCCCGCCGCCGCUCGCCGCGCCUUUGCCCACCCCGCCUUCCCCGCUCCCCGCACCGCCCGCGCCUUCAACACUCUCCUACACGCACUCGCCGUCUGCCACACGCCCCUCCCCGAACUCCUUUCUGUUUGCCGCGACGCCGCCUUCUUCCCGGACGCGUGCACCUACAACAUCCUCAUGCGCGCGGUGGCUGCCACUGAUGGCUCCGUCGACCAUGCACGCCUUCUGUUUGACGAAAUGCUACAACGACGGAUCACCCCGACUGUUAUCACGUUUGGCACCCUCAUUGCCGCGUUCUGCGAAUGCGGUCGGCUCGAGGAGGCAUUUGACCUGAAGGAGGCGAUGAUUAAACAGUACAAUGUGAGGCCGAAUGCUCAUGUGUAUGCCAGUCUGAUGAAGGGUCUCUGCCAGAGGGGGGAUGUGGACAAGGCGCUGAGGCUCAAAGAGGAGAUGGCGUUGAGGAUAGAGCUCGGACUGGAUUCGGCCAUUUACGCGACCCUCAUAAGGGCAUUGUUCCGGGUAGGGCGGAAAGGGGAGGUGGUUAGUUUGCUGGAAGAGAUGAAGGGAAGGGGUAUUCCGGCUAGUAGAGUGGUGCACAACGCAAUGAUUGCGGGUUUCUGUGAGGAUGAGAGGGAUUUGGAUGCGGCAUUUGCAGCGCUUGAUGACAUGCUGAAGAGUGGGUGCAAGGCAGAUGCGGUGAGUUACAAUACCUUGGUUGCUGGGUUGUGCAAGUUGGGGCGGUGGUGGGAUGCAAACGAGUUGGUUGAGGAUAUGCCUAGAAGGGGCUGCGUUCCUGAUGUGGUGACCUACAGAAUGCUAUUCGAUGGAAUGUGUGCUGCUGGGGAGUUUCAUGAGGCAGAUCAGGUUUUGGAUGAGAUGGUCUUUAAGGGGUUUUCACCAAGCAAGGAAGGUGCGAGGAAGUUCGUUCAGGGAAUUGAGCGGGAAGGGGAUGUUGUCUUGCUGGAGUCGGUGGUGUGCCGUCUCGCUAAGUUGAACGCUUUGGAGUCAAGUGGAUGGGAGAAAGCUCUCAGCGGUGUGCUGAGGGAUCCUGCAGAGCUGAUGAUAAAUAAGCAUCUACUCCCUCCUCGUUCGUUUCUGCCAGCAACGUGCGCUCUGGUUGGUUGUGGAGCUUUUUACCGUCGAUCCUUCGCGCUAGCGAAAGCCAUGCACUGGCCAUUGUCUACCCUCGCCUGGCUGCGUUUGGACCCUACAGUCGAGUUGGUCCGCGCGUCAGUCGCCGCGGCUUGUUUUCAGGGCGCGCUCGCCUCGCACCAGCGUGCAAAAUAUCUUCUCCGCGCGGGGUAG